GGACCAUUGGUCAUCAUAUCAAUGCAGCGCUCAGCCCUCCUUGCCUCAGUGGUCCUUCGGGUCAUGCAUCCAGAGAUGUAUUGGGCAUUGGUUGCCAUGCACAUCAAUCUCGGUCAAUGGGCCUUUGAAAACAAUCUCAGUGACAUUUAUACUCAUCUCCAGCUUUGGGCCUCAGUCUUCAACUGCGCAUCCAUCAUAUGCAAUAGGCAAUGUCCCCUUCACCAGGAUCCAAGAUUGGCUCCAGAGGGGUUUGACCUCAUGACCAGUGUUGGCAAUUACUCUGAUGACCUCAUGACCCUUUCCAGCCUCAGAAUUCAGCUGCAAUAUAACUCUGGUUCUAUGGUCACCUGCUCCAGACAUAUCAUCAGGCAUGGAUUCAUGUUCACCGGUGAUUGCAUCAUCUGGGCAUGGUUCAUGUGCGAUAGCCUUCACAAUUUUGUGGGGACCCCUUGCCCCCAUUAUGUGAAAUACAUGGAUGUAGUUCAGGAUGUAAUGGUUUCUGCUUAG